AUGGCUGGGCGCCUGAUCCUCUGGCUGCUCUCACUUGCGCAACCUUUACACCUCGAGUUCUUUGCCCCCCCACUCGGCGGAGCAGGCGGGCCUUCCGCCAUCGCCAAGGGUUGCGCCAUCACCUCGAUUUACAGCCUCGGGGACUCCACCGCAGACACCGGCAACUUACUUUAUCUCGCCCGGCAAGGAGAGCGCACGCCGUCGACCUCCCUUCCCUACGGCGAGACCCUCCAGAAGGCCACCGGCCGAUCCUCAGACGGCUACCUAAUGAUCGACUACAUCGGUAAUGGCAGAUAAAUUUUCUCUGUAACGAGCGGUUCAUUCUGUCAUCAUCUGUGUGUUCAAGAAUCCAAAGUCAACUCCCCGUCCCUCACCCCCCCACCUUUCCGACAGCCGCUACGUUUGAUCUUCCCAACGUGCCACCGUACAUGGAUAAAUCGGCCAACUUUGACUAUGGGGUCAACUUCGCUGUCGCCGGAUCUACUGCACUCAAUCAGUCUUUCUUCCUCAAAAGGGGUAUCUCGCUACCAGUACCGUCUUACUCACUCGGGCUUCAGCUCCAAUGGUUCAAUGCCCACAUCAACCAUAUCUGCCUCUCCAAGGAAGGUCCUGCCCUCCCCACAUUUCCCCCUAAUCGUAUCAUCUCUUGGAUCAUAGGAUUUAUUUCUGACAUCCGUUUAUGAACUAUAGACUGUUCAAAUAAGUUCCGAAAGGCUCUCUUUCUAGUGGGGGAGAUUGGGGGGAACGACUACGGCAAUGCCUUCCAGGCAGGCAAGUCCAUGGAAGAGGUGAAGACUUAUGUGCCACAAGUGGUGGGAACCAUCAUAGCUACUGCUAAGGUACUGAAAGUCUUGUCAUAUGAGCGAUUAAUUAACCUCGGAUGUUAUCAACUGAAAGUGGGUUAGUGAUGUUUACAGGCAUUAAUCAACGUCGGCGCCCGUCGAUUAGUGGUGCCGGGGAAUUUUCCGAUCGGCUGCAUGCCGAUCUACCUCACUCUCUUCAAAGGCCGCGGCUUGGUCCCUGAUGAGAGGGGCUGUCUGAAGAGCCUCAAUAGCUUCGCUGAAUACCACAAUGAGUACCUGCAGAAGGCCAUCCGGGAUCUGAAGAAGACUCACCCUGACAUCACCAUAAGCUACGGAGAUUACUAUAAUCCGUACUUAACAUUGAUUGACAAGGCUCAUGAUUAUGGUAAAUCUAACAGCCCCAUAUCAUAUCUAUGAAUCAUCUUACAAACAUAUAUGACAUCUGAAUGGUGUGGUAUUUUUCAUGACCAGGGUUCGAGAAAAAUUCUCUUCUCAAGGCUUGUUGCGGGAGCGGGGGAGACUACAACUUUGACUUGAAAAAUAAGUGCGGGAACCCAGGAGUUCAAGUGUGCGCUGAUCCAAGCCGGUUCAUCAGCUGGGAUGGGAUUCACUUGACACAGGAGGCUUACAAAAACAUGGGAAAUAUGCUGAUUUCGGAGUUCAUCAAAGAAUGGAAUUGCAGAAAGCAGGCCGAAAUAAAUUAUGCUCGAAUGGUCCGUGCUGGCAACCAUGAACUACACUGA